AUGGAAGAAUCGAUACAAACAGUUGAGAUUAUCAAACAACCAGGACAAACGUUAGGCUUUUAUAUCAGAGAAGGUAAUGGGAUUGAUCGAUGGAAUGGCGUUUUUGUUUCCAGAAUUGCCCAAGGUAGUGUCGUUGCCAAAAAUAAUUUGUUACGCGUAAAUGAUGAGAUAAUGAGUGUUAACACGAUAAACGUUCAACAAAUGAGUCUUGAUGACGUCGUCAUUCUAAUGUCUAUUGCUAAAAGAUUAGUUUUAACGAUCAGAGUUAAUAAAAAUUCUAAACCACAUUGUCAGUUAGAGCAUGCAGAAGUUAUUUCUCCUCGUGAACAAGCGGUAAGGGAUGGCAGACCACCGGUGGUAAUACUUAAAAGUGGUUUCAAUUCGUUGCCGUACAAUGACAUGUCUGUAGACGACAGAUCGCAAGAAAAACUUUCUUCAUCAAACAACUUUUAUAAUAUAAAUACUGACAGUAGGCAAAUCUUAUUGCCAAGUCACAAAGUUUCUGAUGUAUACGGGACACUUCCACGCUACACCGUACCAUUCAUAAACACAUCUGCAAUUCAAAGUCUUUCACCUAGACAAAUUAUUCUAGGCUCUCAACAAGGAAAUAUUCGUUUUUCUCAACAAGUUGGCAAUUUUUCUCCUCCAAGGUUAUCACAUUUCCAAACUGAAAUUACACCAGACGGUGAAAUGGUUUACGGUCAGCAGCCUGCUUCACAAUAUUCACAUCACAGAAGAACACCUUCGGAUCAAUUUUAUGAAAUCGGUUUCCGUUCUGAUGAUUGGUUGGAUGCUCGAAACAAAGCAGGAAUGUUGAGUGCAAACACUGGCGAAAGAGCUUCAGUACUAAGAAACACUAGAAACAUUAAUCAUACCAAAAUUUUACCAAAUGGACAACUGUGCCAAAUAGAUCAAUACAGUUCUGAUUCAGAGGCUACGCCACGUUAUCAAAAAUCGAGAAAUCGAUAUAAAACUUAUACGCAAUUAUUUCCGGUGGCAAAUGACUUAGAAAGAAACCAAAUGCUACUCAACAGCAUGACUCUUUCUAGGGCUUCUAGUCUCAUCAGAAAUAAAAAUUCAGGAUCUGUCGCUGAUUUGAGUACAACAAGUUUAUAUUGUGAUCCAAAUUUUGGAUUUUUGACUCACGGAUCAUUAAAUAAUCCUUAUCAAUUGAAUGACAGUUUAACAAUUUCACAAGACGAUUAUAAUAUAUGGCUUAAUCGUCAGUUAAUUCAAUGCAACAACGAUAUUGCAACAGUACAAAGCAUUCCUACUCCAGUUUCUAUCCAAUAUUCGCUUCAGCCACGUGUUCAUCCGCAAUUUCAAAAUUAUCGCCUUACAAGAAAAUUAAGCACAGAUUCUCUUCUUGAUUACAAAACUUAUAAAAUGAACGAAGCUACAGAUUAUGCAACUUACAGGAAAGGAGACAAUAGGUUGGGAAGUUGGAUAUCAUCAGGUACAUCUUUUUCCAAAUCUUCUCGAACCCCUUCUAAUAUAAGAAACAGGUCUAAUAUAUUGCAGCAAUCAAAGUCUAAGUCUCAAUCAAUCUCGACAAAUACCACAGUAACUUCUCUGAGCUCAGCAAAUCCAACAAAUUCAAAAUCUAAUACAUCGACAAAUUUUAAAAGCAAAAGCAACCAGCUUUCACGUGUACCGAUAAAAAUACAAACAGAACAAUUUUACAAUUGUCCAAGUGCAGACAUAUCGUCAAAUGCAUCUCCACUUAUGGGAAAACUAAAAAUAAAUGUGUUAUGUGGUCACGGUUUAAAAUCGACAAAAACUGCGUUACGAGACUUGUAUUGUGUUAUAGAGGUUGAUUCUAUGCCUGCAGCUCGUACAAUGGUUAGGACAGGAGCAUUAAAUUUUGAUUGGGACGAAACGUUUGAUAUUGACAUUGUCAAAUCUCAUAAAAUUCAAUUUCUUAUAUAUAGUUGGGACCGUGAUACAAGGCAUCAAUUAUGUUUUACAGCAACUGUUCCUAUAUCUUACGUCAUUGCGACACAGACAAAAAGUGAUAUUCCAUGCUUGGAUUCGCCCUCAAUAAAAUUGGCAAUAAAACUUGAUCCGAAAGGAACAUUAUACGUAGAACUAACGUUUGUCGACAUUUAUCUAACUUUACAAAGAACAAAAUCAAACAAGCGAAAUACCUUGUUUGGCGUUGAUUUGAAAGAAAUCAUUCAUCGGGAAAAAUCUGGCAACAACGUUCCCUUGUUAGUUCAAAGAUGCGUCAGAGAAAUCGAAACCAGAGGAGUGGGACAAUUAGGACUUUAUAGACUAAGCGGAUCAAUGAAACGAAAGCAGCAAUUAAUUGAGGAAUUUGAAAAAAAUAUUCGAUUGGCUGACUUGAGUCCUGACGGAGUGUCAGAUGUCAACGUCUUCACAAGUUAG